UGAUAUAAACAAUCAUCAUUCAUCAUCUAAAAAAUAUCUAAAAUAAAAUUUCAGUCAAAUUUUUAGUUAAAACCCGAAAAUUAAUAUAAUAUGAAAAUAACAAAAAUAGGAAAAAUAUAAAAUUACUAGUUCAUACUAACCUCACCAACAAAAAUGUGUGCGUGUACAUUUUGCCCGACUUGCCCGCCGAUCCUGCCGUGCGGCACCGGACCGUGCGGCUACUACUGCUGUCCCCCACCGCAGUGCUGCCAGCCGUGCAUCCCGCCCCCCGUGCCUUGCACCCCGUGUCCCCCUUGCAACUGUUGUGCCAGGUUCCGGCCGUGCCCGGCGCCGGUCAUCCCAGACAUAGUUCCGCCUAUCGUGCCGAUACUGCCGCCGUGCAAGCCCCGCCGAUGCCCGGCGCCAGAACCGCCCCCGUAUUGCCCGCCGAGACCAGUGUGCUGUCCUCCAGUGUUACCUUGCUGUCCACCUCCCGAGCCAUGUGAUCCUCCACCAUGCCGCCCUUGCCCGGAGCCCAUACCAUGUUACCAGCCAGUGCUGCCUUGCUGCAAUCCACAAUGCCCUCCUCCAAUCAUACCCAAACAACGACCGAUUUGCCCAAGAGCUCCGCCGUGUCCGUAUCCUUGCCUACCCAUCGGUCGCAGCUGCUGCCCAGAAAUCUGUGGACUAGACCCCGUGACGCGGCGACGUCCGACAAUAGUCCACAAUAGUGUAGUGACGAGGAAGAUUGAUAAUAGCAGACAGCCGGUUCCCUGCUGUGUCAACCACAUGUCCGUGCCUCUGAUCUAGCGAAACUGGCUGUCCUUAUUUUGGUAACGUUUUAGUAAUGUUUGAUGCAAGUGUUGUAAUGUUUGUAACGGUUAUACUGUGAUUCGAUAUAAAAUGUGAUUCUAAAAGUUCUGGUUUUGUUCAAUUUAGUAUUAAUUCCUACUAAAAACUAACAUAAAUGCGAAAAUGAAGUGUC